AUGGCAUCGACCCUUCAGAUUAACAGGCUGCACCCGAGCUUCGGUGCAGAGAUCGAUGGGAUCGAUUUUUCAAAACCCAUUAGCGAUGAACAGUUGACGGAGAUCAAGGACACUAUCGCUCAGGUUGAUGGAACGUUGCUCGAUCCCAACGGCUUGAAGGCUCUGUCCAACAAGGGAAAUGAACUUUUCCACGUUGAUGGCAGCUACAACGUGAGACGAACAAGAUUCUCUCUCCUUCGAGCCUUCGAGAUACCACCCUUGGAAGCUGGCGGUAACACAGAAUUUGCCGAUACAAGGACAGCCUUCUCCGAUCUCGAUGAGUCGUGGAGAGACGAGUUGAUAAGCAAAGACUAUGUUACCAAGCACUCGUUCUGGCACAGUCGUAAGACCGCAUCGCCCGAGGCCCUGGCAAAGCUCGAUCCGGAUCGAUACCCUUUCUCAAGGCACAAACUAGUCCAGCUUCAUCGGCCCAGUGGACGCAUGAACCUGUAUAUCCCAUCUCAUAUCCGCAGCAUCGAAGGACUGUCCGAGGACGAGUCAGCGCAAAAGUUGGCUUGCCUGAGGAAGCACGUUACCCAGGAGAAGUACACGCUCAGCGUCGAAUGGCUGAACGUAGGCGACUUAGUUGUUUGGGAUAACACGUGCACUUUACACCGAGCUACCGGGCUCAAGGGCGCAUUCAGAAGGGAUAUGCGACGUUGUGGUAUCUUCGAUAAUGGCCCUGAGGCUUUUGGGCUCAAUCCACGGGAUGAUGAUUUGAAUUUUGCAUUCAACAAAGAUGUGAUGAUGGACAUUUGCUCACCCAGGCCAGCUGCCGAGCUGUGGGCAACCAAGGCAGAACUUCCACUCAUCGGGUCGAGCAGCUUUAUCUGUACAUCACGUCUCAAACAGAUCAUUAUCAACAUCUGCUUCCCUUACAAAACCCAGCGGUCUAUUGAAGUCGUCAUGGCGUCAGCAGGACCACCGAUAACCACCGUCUACGUGCGAAACCUCGAGGAACGCGUCAAAAUCGAGCCCCUCAAGGAUGCCCUGCGCGAGCUCUUCUCCGAGUUUGGAAAUGUCAUCGACAUCGUCGCCAAGACUAAUCUGAAGGCCAAAGGCCAGGCCUUCGUUGUCUUUGACAAUCCCGAGUCGGCCAAGCAAGCUGCAGAGGAGGUCGACGGCUUCGACCUGUUCGAGAAGCCCAUGCAGGUGGCGCUUGCCAGGUCAAGGAGCGAUGCAACAGUGCAGAAGUUUGGGACUGAGGAGGAUUUCGAGCUGCACAAGAGGCGGCGAGCAGCAGAGAAAGACAAGAAGAAAGCCCUCGAAGCCGAGCAGCAACGUCUCAAGCGCCCUGCCCCAGGCGGAGAGCAGUCUGGCCGCCCAUCGAAGGCAGCAAGAGGUGCUGGCCUCAAGCCGACCGGUCCCGCAGCGGCCGCCGUCGUCCCCGACGAAUACCUGCCGCCCAACAAGAUUCUCUUCGUUCAAAACCUGCCGGACGACAGCGAUGCAGUCACUCUCACAAACCUUUUUGGCCGCUUCGAAGGCUUCCGCGAAGUCCGUAUGGUGCCUGGGCGUCGGGGAAUUGCAUUCGUGGAGUACGAGAACGAAGCGGGCGCUAUUGCUGCAAGGGAGAAUUUGGCUGGCACUCAGCUUGGUGGAAAGAACAUCAAGGUCACGUACCAGAGGCAGUAG